AUGUCGUCUCCAACAUCACAGCCUCAUGAUGAGGCUCCAGAUGCCACUAACGAGCGUCGCUCUCGCCGCUCCGGACGCGUCUCGCGCAAGCCCGAACUCUACAUCGAAGAAGCACCCGCCGCCUCCAAGCGCAAGCGCGAUGCUGCAGAUGACGACCAGCUUGAUGACCAAGAAGAAUCUGACGAGGAAGAAGAGAGCGAGCCUGACGAGGAAGAGCUUCGAGAACAAAAAGCUAGAGCGCGCAAGGCAAAGGCUGCUGUACCAAAGAAGCCCGCUGCAAAGCGCUCAAAAACAAACGGCACUUCAGUCGCGUUACCUGCGAGAGCAGGUGCUAAAAAGGGUCGCUCAAAGAAAGCCAAGGGUGUGGAUGAGGCCGCUGCAGAGGAAGCCGGAGGUCUUUACGCUGAAGUUUUCGCCCGAGGCAACACACUGGACGAAGCAGCCGAAGGAUGGCUUGCGGCAUUCAACGAACACGAAGCUGGCGCCUUGACAGAUUUGCAAAACGUCUCGGAGUAUCCCAUCAUCGCAAAAGGCAAGGGUACUGCAGCUUUCAAAGAAUCGCUAAUGGGCUUCUUCCGUACGCUGAUCAAGGCCAUUCAUACCACCGAUGUCCUUUUCACCAACCCCGAACUAAUCGAGAACAUGCAAGUAUGGUUCGGAACCAUGUCAGCAGCUCAGAACAGACCUUUCAGACACACUGCCACUGUUGUCUCGCUAACCAUCAUCACUGCUCUCUGCGAAGUGGGCAGUGAAUUAGCAGAAGAGGCCUCAAAAGCACUGCGUCAUAGUGAGACCCAGAAGAAGGGCAAAAAUGCGAACAAGACACGAGUCAGCGAGUUGCAGGACUACUCAAAGCAAGCAAAAGCACAUCAGGAAAAGCUCAAUAACACUAUAAAGGAUUGGUUCGAAACGGUUUACAUCCACCGUUACCGAGACGUGGAUCCUCACAUUCGUGCUGACUGUACAAAAGCCAUUGGAGAAUGGAUAGUAGCCUACCCAGACCUAUAUUUCAACGGCAAACACUUGAGAUACUUGGGAUGGGUACUUUCCGACUCGAAUCACUCGGCGCGUCUUGAAGCAAUCAAGCAGCUGCACCGACUCUAUGCAGACAAGAACAAGCUCGGUGGCCUCAAGGCUUUCACCGAGCGCUUCAGAGGCCGUAUGGUCGAAAUGGCCACCAAGGAUGCCGAGUCAAGCGUUCGGGCUGCGGCUGUUGAACUGCUGGACGAUUUGAGGGAGGGCGGCUUGCUCGAACCCGAUGACAUCGACGCUAUCGGACGACUGAUCUUCGACGCAGAGCCGAGAGUAAGAAAAUCAGUAGUCGGCUUCUUCGCCGAAAGUAUCAACGACGCUUACGAAGCGAAAGUUGAUGCACUUGGUGGCCAAGAAGCGCUGGAGGAGGUCAUUGGAGAAGAAAGUGAUUCUUUUGACAGCCCCUGUCAUGAGUGGAUCAAGUUCAAGUGCCUAGCAGAAGGACUGGACUCGUACGAUUCGGCAGAUGGCCACAUGCCACCUAGUGUCGAAAGAGGUCCUGGUCAAGCUGCUUACCUAUUGCAUGCUGGAACCACGGACUCUCGCUUCAUGAUCGCUGCAGACACACUCCACGACCAGAUCGACGAGGUCCGCGAGUGGGAGAAGCUGGCCGGAUAUCUUCUAUAUGACACUUCUGUUGAAGCCCAGAAUGGCGAUGCUGCUGGCGGCGAGUCACAACUGAAACAGGAGCUCACACUUACGGAGAACGAGGAGGUCAUCCUUCUGGAAGUAUUGAACUCUUCCGUCAAACAAGCCGUCGCAUCUCUUGUGGAAGCACACUCCGACAAGAAAACGAAGAAAACUAAGAAGCAGAAGGAAGAUGUCGAAGAAUUGCAGGAGCAAGCAGCACGUCACCUCGCGAACGUGAUACCACGGUUGCUUAAGAAGUUCGGAGAAUCACCACAGACUGCUGCAAGCACACUUCGUCUGGGUCGCGUUCUGAGUCUGGAAGCUUUCCAGGAGUUCAGACAAGAUUCUUCCACAUAUGCAGCAUUGUUGAACGACUUCAACAAGCAGUUCCUCUCACAUAGUAACGAGGAGGUGCUAGCAGAAGCCAGUCGAGCUUUGUUACGUGCAAAGAGCUAUCACGAGCUUGGUGAUGUUCCCGACGAGAGGAUUGACUCUCUCUGGGAAGACACCAUCAGCACGUUCAACACAAUCACGCACGGCAAAGAUCUCGAAACACGCGGGUUGCUUUCUACCACAGUCCUUGACGCUCUUUCCAAAACAGUGCUACGUCUGGAAAAGCUGUCCAGUAUCUCUAACCCGGUAGAGUACUUCGAGACAGAGCCCUCCGCACCAGCUACCGCACGCCCCGAGUUGCCAGACCCCUCUCCACCCAUCGACUCACUGAUUACCCUCAUCAACCGUGCCGCCUCACCAAAGGGCUCGGACCCAGAGACUGCUGCCCUCGACGACGCUUUGGCCAUGCAUGCGUCACGCACAGUCACGUUCUACUUCAUGUGGCGUAUACCCGCGUUCAUCAAGUCACUGCAGACAACCGCUCUGCCCGACGUCGAGCUUGAGAAUCUUGCCAUGAGACGCGACGCAUAUGUCAAUGCUCUUGGUGCAGUACUAAAGACACGCCCUGUCAAUGAUGAGCUCAGCGUUAUCGUGUCCGGAAUGCUUCUUGAUGCACACACCAUCAUGGCUACUUUGCGUCAAGUCACUACUGACAAGAACGGCGAUGAAUACCUCGUAUUGGCUCUAGAGAUGGAUGCAGUGUUGCAGAAACGCAUUCUUCGUGUCUUUGGUGCAGCCGAAGCUGCAUUUGCCAAGGCUACCGGCAAGCAUGUCGAAGUUGAGGCCGAGAACUCACAAGCACAAGAAUCCGAGGAAGACGAUGAGGAGCCUGCCGAUCCCAUUGACGCAGAUCCUGUAUCCGAGGAUGAGGCUGAAGAUGAAGCAGAUGCUGAAGGAGAUGAUGAACAGACUCAAGCCUCUCAAGCAAAGCGCGUGGCCAAGUUGCAAAACAGUCUGCUCGCGGAACAACGACUCUGCGAACUAUCUUCUAAGCUCGUGCUGGCCAUACUGGGUAGAAUGGUCAAUGUAGCUGUCGUCAAGCAAAGACUCGAGCGCAACAAGACGCGCUUGGGACACAACUUCAAGCUUGUGCUCGAGCACUUGGACGCUCAGACCAAAGGCAAGAAGGGCAAGGGCAAAGCAGCAGCAAAGACUGGCGCCCAACAGGGAAAGGCCAAAGCCGCUGCACCCCAACAACAAAAGAGCACAAAAGUCGUCGUAGAGGAUGACGAAGACGAAGACGAAGAAGAGGACGAAGAAGCCGUUCGCGCAAGAGAAAUUCAAGAAGAUGAUGAAAUGGUGGAUGAGCCCGAAGGCGGCAACCAAGAGGAAGAACAAGAUGAAGUCGCUAACGAUGCUGAGAGUGUAAUUGGCGACUAG